GGGGUUGACGAACCAGCUGCAGCCAUCCUUACUGUAAAACAGCUAGGGUUUGCCUCACUCUAUUCUUUCUCUCUCUUUCUUGUUCCUUUUUGGCACUCAUCACUACCCACCCACUCUUUACCUAUCAACACAGAAAAAAUGCUCUCUCAUUAACACUUUUUCUUUUCUUCUUGCAAUGCCUCCAAUCUAGGCCGAAAAGGGAGAAAAGAAAGCUGUUUCAGAUCAGUCUCCCACCCACAUUAUCCUAUUAUAUUCCUAUCCUUGUUCUCCUUGUCUUCGCCAUCACCCAAAAUGUUCACCCAGUUUUUUUUCAUUGCCAUUCUUUCUUCACUCCUACUGCAGGUGGCCAAACCAGAUCUUGUCACCGACAGAGCUGCUCUUUUGAGCCUUCGUUCCUCAGUCGGAGGCAGAACCCUCUUAUGGAACGUCUCGAACCAGAGUCCAUGCUCGUGGGCUGGGGUUACGUGCGAGCGGAACCGCGUCACAGUGCUUAGACUACCUGGUGUUGCUCUCUCUGGCCAAAUUCCGACUGGCAUUUUCGGGAACUUGACUCAGCUGCGCACCCUCAGUCUACGUCUCAACUCGUUAACUGGACCACUCCCUUCGGAUCUUGCUCUCUGUCAAAACCUCCGAAACCUUUACUUGCAGGGAAACCAUUUUUCGGGUGAGAUACCGGAGUUCCUUUUUGGUCUUCAUGAUUUAGUGAGGCUAAGUCUUUCUGGGAACAACUUUUCUGGGGAAGUCUCUGUUGGGUUCAACAAUUUGACGAGGUUAAGAACUUUGCUUCUUGACAGCAACAGUCUUUCUGGGUCGGUACCUGAGUUGGGUUCUUUGCAAAACCUCGACCAAUUUAAUGUGUCAAAUAAUUUGUUGAACGGCUCAAUCCCCAAGGGGUUACAGAAAUAUGGGUUCGAUGCUUUUCUGGGGAAUUUGCUUUGUGGGAAACCGCUUGACAAGGCUUGCCCUGCCACUGCUACUGCUGCUCCUGGGAAUACAAGUGAGCCCGCCAAUCCAACGAAUGAGAAUAAACCGGAGAAAAAGAAGAAGAGCAAGUUGUCUGGGGGUGCAAUUGCAGGUAUUGUUAUUGGAUCUGUGCUGGGAUUUCUUCUGAUUGUUGUGAUUUUAAUGAUUUUAUGUAGAAAGAAGAGUAGCAAGAAAUCGAGGUCAAUUGACAUCACUUCGCUUAAGAAUCAAGAAAUGGAGAUUCCUGGGGAGAAAUCAGGUGGGGAAAUGGAGAAUGGUGGAUAUGCGAAUGGGAAUGGGAAUGGGUAUUCAGUGGCGGCGGCGGCAGUAGCAGCAAUGGUGGGUGGUGGAGCCAAAGCGGCCGAAAACAGUGGGACCGGAGCUAAGAAGUUGGUCUUCUUUGGGAAUGCAACGCGAGUGUUUGACUUGGAGGAUUUGUUGAGAGCUUCUGCAGAGGUUUUAGGUAAAGGCACGUUUGGAACAGCAUAUAAAGCAGUGUUGGAAGGUGGAAACGCAGUGGCUGUUAAGAGACUCAAGGAUGUCACUAUAUCUGAGAGGGAAUUUAAGGAUAAGAUCGAAGGGGUUGGAGCUAUGGAUCAUCAGCAUUUGGUCCCUCUCAGAGCUUACUAUUUUAGUAGGGAUGAGAAGCUUCUUGUUUAUGAUUACAUGCCCAUGGGAAGCUUAUCUGCGCUUUUGCAUGGGAAUAAAGGGGCAGGAAGGACUCCACUGAACUGGGACAUUAGGUCUGGAAUUGCUCUUGGAGCUGCCUGUGGAAUUGAAUACCUCCACUCUCAAGGCCCUAAUGUCUCUCAUGGAAACAUAAAAUCUUCAAAUAUCCUCCUCACUAAAUCCUAUGAAGCUCGAGUUUCGGAUUUUGGACUGGCAAACAUUGUAGGUUCAUCGUCCAGUCCCAAUAGAGUGCUGGGGUACCGGGCACCAGAGGUGACUGACCCCCGCAAAGUAUCACAAAAGGCUGAUGUUUAUAGCUUUGGUGUGUUGCUUUUGGAGUUAUUGACUGGGAAAGCCCCCACCCAUUCAAUCUUGAACGAGGAAGGAAUUGACCUCCCGAGGUGGGUGCAGUCUGUUGUUCGUGAAGAAUGGACUUCCGAGGUGUUUGAUCUUGAGCUCCUCAGGUAUCAGAAUGUGGAGGAAGAGAUGGUCCAACUCUUGCAACUUGCUGUUGAUUGUGCUGCACAAUACCCCGACAAGCGCCCCACCAUGUCUCAAGUGAGGAGCCGAAUUGAGGAGCUACGUCAAUCUAGUUUGCGAGACGAUCUGAUCCCGCAGCCUGCCUGAUAAGAUCAAUGAAGAUGGCCCUGGAUGAGUUAGCUGAUUAGCUCAAGCAGGCCACCACCAUACACCAUUAUGCAAGUGGGUUAAAUGGAUUAUCAAUGCAUUUUUCUGUUCUUUUUUUUUUCUUUGAAUGUCCAUAAUUAGCAUGUUAAGUUUGGUGGCCUUAGGCCUUGUUGUAUGCUUGACUCUCUCCCGGUCUCAUAUUCCUUAUUAGGCGCCCAUUGUCAUUGUCAUUUUCUUUUUUUCUUCUAUCCCUCUAAUUCUCCAUUGGUCGUUGGAUUGUAUUUUUUUUUUUUUUCAUUUAUACUUUGAGGUGGAAAUCUGUUCUAUUUGGUUCA